AGUCUUUAGUAUGAUUUUUGAUGAUCUAAAAGAUUAAUCAAAAUGACUCAAGAUAAGCCAGAAAAUGCCCCUGAACAUUGUCCAGGAACAGAAAGUGAUCAAGCUGGAAAAGCGUCAGCAUGUGCUGGAUGUCCAAAUCAAACAAUUUGUGCUUCAGGUCCCAAAGGUCCUGAUCCUGGAAUAGCAUUAGUUAAACAAAGACUUUGUGAUGUUAAAAAUAAAUUGAUGGUGUUAUCAGGCAAAGGAGGCGUUGGAAAAUCGACAACAACUUCAUUACUCGCUAGAAUGUUUGCACAUAUGAAUCAAGAACAAAACUUUGGCGUUCUUGACAUCGACAUUUGUGGACCAUCACAACCAAGAGUAUUUGGAGUUCUUGGUGAGCAGGUACAUCAAUCUGGAUCAGGAUGGUCACCAGUGUUUAUAGAAGAUAAUUUAUCUUUGAUGUCAAUUGGAUUUCUUCUCGGAUCACCUGACGAUGCAGUUAUUUGGCGUGGACCAAAGAAGAACGGAAUGAUUCGUCAAUUCCUAAGUGAAGUUGACUGGGGACAAUUGGAUUAUCUUGUCAUUGACACACCACCAGGCACAAGUGAUGAACACUUAAGUGCAACAACUUAUCUCGCCGGCACUGAUGGUAGUUGGGGUACAGUUCUAGUGACGACACCACAAGAAGUUUCACUUCUCGAUGUUCGCAAGCAAAUCACUUUUUGCAAGAAAAUGAAAGUUCCAAUCGUCGGAAUCAUCGAAAACAUGUCAACAUUCGUAUGUCCAAAAUGUACUGUCGAGUCAAUAAUCUUUCCAAACUCUACCAGCGCCAACUCAACCGAAGAAAUGUGCACAGAAAUGAACGUCAAGUUUCUCGGCAAACUUCCACUUGAUCCACGAUUAGCUCGUUGUUGUGAUGAAGGAAAAGAUUUCUUAACUGAAUUUAAGACAAGUCCAACAGUGAUAGCAAUCAAGAACAUAAUUUUGGAGAUUCAGAAACAUUUUGAAUGCAAUUAAAUAUUUUUUUUUUAACAUUACGAAAUAAAAAUAUUUUGAGAUUCUUAACUUUUAUUAUUGUUAUUAAUACUACUACUAAACAUAUUUAAUAAUUGUGAGUGUAAAUAUGUUUUAUGUUAAGCUUAUAAAUAUUAUAAUAAGCUUAUUAUUGACAUGAGAUUAGCA